CGGUUUCUUACGUCACUGAAUGUCGUCGAAAUGCGUGUCUGUGUAGCAGAGUUGAUCUGUGACUGAUAUCCCGAUCUGAAGGUGAAUGUAAUGUAGAUUGUAUUACAUCUGCAGAGAAAGUAGACUUUUAAUGGCUCGAGGAAAGGCUCAGACGGAUUCCUCUGCGUCGAAGCAGACGAAGAAAGUCAAUUCAAAGAAAAGACCUAAUGAAGAACAAACUCAAACACUCUCCAAGAAGCUGAAAGGCAAAAUUGAAGGCAAGACGGCGCAAAAAAACGAAACCUACAUACAAGCAAGCGUCAAAUGGAUUGGAGCUCAGAAAAAAGUUGGACAAACAAGUAUCCUUCACUACAUUUACAAAAGCUCCUUGGGACAGAGCAUCCAUGCUCAACUGCGCCAGUGUCUGCAAGAGCCUUUUAUACGCUCACUCAGAGCCUACAAACUUCACCGCACAGCCAGCCCCUUCGAUCGGAGGGUCACUUGUCUGGAAUGGCAUCCCACCCAUCCCACCACUGUUGCAGUGGGCUCCAAGGGUGGAGACAUCAUCCUGUGGGAUUAUGAUAUGCUGAAUAAGAGAACCUUCAUACAGGGGAAGGGAGCUGGUGAUUUUAUAGGGGGGAUGAAGUUCUGCCCCACAGAUGUGUCCAAAAUCUUUGUUGCUUCUGGUGAUGGCACAGUCAGCGUGCAGAGUUUUGAAGGUGUCCAAAGUCAGAUAUUGUCGCGAACCCCAGAUUGUGGCCAUGACCACCAUGAUCUUUGUUACUGGUACUGCUGUGUGGACGUGUCUGUUAGUCGUAAGAUGCUUGUGACUGGAGACAAUACUGGACGACUCCAUCUGCUUGGCCUUGAUGGACAUGAGAUUUUCAAAGAGAAGCUGCACAAAGCCAAAGUGACCCAUGCAGAAUUCAACCCUCGUUGUGAUUGGCUGAUGGCUACAUCCUCUGUUGAUGCUACAGUCAAGCUGUGGGACCUCAGAAAUAUUAAAGACAAAAGCAGUUAUAUCUCUGAAUUGCUUCAUGAAAAACCAGUCAACUCUGCGUACUUUAAUCCAACAGACAGCACCAAGCUCCUGACUACAGACCAGAGGAACCAGAUCAGGGUGUAUUGUUCAUAUGACUGGUCUAAACCUGAUCAAAUAAUUGUUCAUCCUCAUCGACAGUUCCAGCACUUAACACCCAUCAAGGCAACCUGGCAUCCCAUGUAUGACCUCAUCGUGGCUGGCCGUUACCCAGAUGAUCAAGUAUUAGUCAAUGACAAGAGAACUAUUGAUAUUUAUGAUGCCAACAGUGGUGGGCUUGUGCAUCAGCUGAGAGACUCUAAUGCUGCUGGUAUCAUAUCUCUCAACAAGUUUAGUCCAGCUGGAGAUGUGCUGGCUUCUGGAAUGGGCUAUAACAUUUUGAUCUGGAAUCGAGAGGACACACUGAACAGUGUUAAUGGGAAACAAACAAUGGAGACCGUGGAGGACAGUGGAGGAAGACCUGGAAGCUCCAGAACCCAGCGUAGCACUCCGCAGCGCAGAGACAGAGACAGAAGAGCGGCUGCUGAUGAUGCCAAGCUCAAGAAAAAGCUGUCUUCAUCAACAGAGACCAAGUCCAAGACCAAGAGCAAGACAGAAUGCAAGACAUCAAAAGCAAAGAAAAAGUGAGAGAGAAUACACUGAACCUUAAAACUAGAUACUCAGGCUCAUGUCAAUAUAUAAAUCCUGGAACAACAGAAAAUAAAAUAGACUUGACUUGUUUUGUUACCUUUUAUAUGGCCUAAAAUAUGUAUAUUCUGUUCAAAAUAAACUUUUGU